AUGGAAACCGUCAACAAGGUCGUCGAUGCAGGCUACAAAGCCAUCUGGGGCGAACAGAAUACGAAUGAGCAGACCACUGCGAGCAACAGUCAACCCACGACAUCAACGGGGGUGACUGGUAUCCAAUCCGUCGACAAGGUCGUCGAGGCGGGCAAGAAAGCAAUCUGGGGUGAGAGCACAACAGACAGUCAGCAACAAACAUCGACAUCACACGGUGAAGAACCUGUGGCCGGUAAGAGGGGUCUGGGCACUGCGACGGAUCCGUACGAUGCUGGGAAUCGAGAUGAACAAUAUGACGCUCCCCCCGUCGAAGCUGGUGGUCUACCGACUUCCAUUCCAACCAGUGAGCAGCGCAAUAUCGAGACAACAGAUACCAGCUUGAACACCCCCAACAUGGGAAGUAGCUCUGGUACUGCAGUUGCUGGUACAGAAGCUGCUAAAGACUUGAAGCCGAGCGCAACUGGACUGAGACCCGAUCCUGCUCAGCCUGGAAAUGCAGCUGAUUUCACCUCAAGGGCUGUCCCGGAUGGUGGACCAGGUCAGACAUUGAAGCAUACUAGUAAGCCGUUUGAGGAGGAGAGUCAGAAACUUGCCAAAGAUCUACAGAAUAUCAAUGUGAAUGACGACAAGCCCAAAGUCCACACAGUAACAGGAGGAGUUGCUGUAAGCAGGCCAAAUCAGGCCGUACACCCCAAAGAAGAUAAAGAAGACAGUCAUUCUUCAUCCUCAGAUUUCUCAUCUGGUGUUGUCGAUAAUCGCGGACAGGACAAGACACAAGGACAGGGACAGAGUCCGAAGAGCAAGACUAGUAAACUGGAGAAGGUGAAGAGCAAGCUUCACCUCGGCAAUCAUUCGCCAAAGGCAUCGAAAUAA